ACACGGCUCACUGAUGAGCUGCAUCCUGUCAGUAAGUGGACGGUCUGAGUGUUUUCAGAUUGGUGGCUACGCACCUCUCAGCCAUGUCAGCUGUGGGAUGAGGAGGUCAGUGCGACAGAGCCACAGCAAACAUUGUGAAAUCAGUGAAAACAAGGAAGUCUUAGUUGCAAAAUCAAAGUUGCUGUUAUUGGUCAAAGAAUACGGAAACAUUACAAUAUAACAUAGUUCUUGCCAGGACGGAUACAAAUGUUCCUGACGGUGAAGACUUCUGUCCUGUUGCGCUUUGACAUUGUGUCAUACAGUGUUUCCCCUGAGUUUGUGUCAGACUUCCCCCAUAUUACACACACACACACACACACACGGUGGAGCAGCUACACCCUCACGAUUUUGCAUCCUCACUUUUUUCACUUUCAGAUCGAUGUUACUCUGUCUUUUAAUCGCUCAUCACAUGAGACUGAUUCACCUGCACUCCACCUCACCAUCCAAAAACAUUUGACUUCAGACGAUCAGAAUCGAUCGAAACCUGUUUUCAAAGAUAUCACAACACUGAGCCUCGGGUUCAGUGUGCGGGCCGUGGUAGACGUUCAUGCGGGCCGUGUGAUUUCACUGAAAUGAAGAGCGACAGUGUGACGACGAAACACUGAAGCUGCAACGAGCAGGUCAACACUAUAUCCUGGAACGACACCGGUGAAUAUCUCCUGUCGGGGUCAGACGACACCUUUUUGGUUAUCUCCAACCCGUACAAUAAAAAGGUCAAGAAGUCCAUACGUUCAGGUCACCGGGCGAAUAUCUUCAGCGCUAAGUUCAUGCCCCACACCAACGAUCAGGAGAUCAUCUCCUGCUCCGGAGACGGCAUCAUCUACUACACCAACACGGAGAAAAGUCCUGAGCACAACAGACAGUGUCAGUUUACCUGCCAUUAUGGGACAGCUUAUGAGAUUAUGACGGUACCAAAUGACCCCUACACGUUUCUGUCGUGUGGGGAGGACGGCACAGUGCGAUGGUUUGACCUCCGCACGAAGACGAGCUGUACAAAAGAAGACUGCAAAGAUGACAUCCUGAUAAACUGUCGGAGGGCAGCAACCUCCAUAUCCAUUUCUCCUCUGGUGCCGUACUACCUGGCAGUGGGCUGCUCCGACAGCUCAGUGCGGAUCUACGACAGACGCAUGCUGGGCACCAGAGCGACGGGUAACUACAUGGGCCGGGGGACGACGGGCAUGUGCGUGAGGUUCGUUCCCGCCCACCUGUCCAACAAGUCGUGUCGCGUGACUUCCCUGUGCUACAGUGAGGACGGUCAGGAGGUGCUGGUCAGCUACUCCUCAGAUUACAUCUACCUGUUUGAUCCCAAAGACGACCAGGCCCGAGAGCUGAAGGGGCCGUCUCAGGAGAGGAGGGAGGAGCUGAGGCAGCCUCCAGUGAAGCGCCUCCGUCUACGAGGUGACUGGUCUGACACUGGACCCCGGGCUCGUCCUGAGAGUGAGAGGGAGAGAGACGGAGAGCAGAGCCCGAACGUGUCUCUAAUGCAGAGGAUGUCGGACAUGUUGUCUCGUUGGUUUGAGGAGGCCAGCGAGGCUCAGAGCACCAGAGGAACUCGGCCUCAGACACGACCCAGAGGAACAGCUCUCCGUCCAGUGGGGGCGUCGAAUACUCCAGCUGCCCCUGCAGGAGGAUCCAGUCAGGGGUCCAGCGUUCCCGAGAGGCCUGUGGGGUCAACCGCCCCGGAGGUACCUGCCGGUCCUGUCGUCGCCGCUGCCGCCAUGCCUAAAUCCACUUCCUCUUCCUCCUCAGGGUCGUCAUCAACAGUCACAGCACCUCUUCCUUCCAGCUCCUCAUUGGUUGAAAGCUCAGUCCCCUCCUCCUCCCUUCUCACCUCCUCGCCUGCCUCAGAGCAGAGGAGUCAGGCCGACACGCCUGGGACACCGACGCCCACGCCCGCCGCAGCACCUGCUCUGUCAGAGUACGGUCCUCAUCGGCUGCCCAUAAGUUUAGUGUGUAGGCGUUUGCAGAGGUUACUCCGGCUGGCCGACCCACCAGGACAGGGUCAGCGAGCGGCCCGUUCUUCUUCUUCUUCUUCUUCUUCUUCUCCUCCUUCUUCUUCUUCUUCCACCACUGCGGCCCCUGAGAGACAGUCACAAACAGCUGCUGCUGAGAUGCAACCCCACACAGGUUACCCUCUAUAUUCCCCCUCGUCUGUGGUAAACAAACAGCUGGGAUCCAUGACUCUUGAUGAACAGCAGGGAGCGGCAGAAGCUGCAGGUUCACCUCCUGAUCAGCCUGUUUCUGCUCCAGUUAGCGCUCCCACCACCUCCACCUCCUCCUCCUCCACCACCUCGAGCGGCACCAGUCGACCCAGUGGAGCAGAGCCGGUCCUCAGUCUACACUACAGCUCAGAGGGAACCACCACCAGCACCAUCAAGCUGGACUUCACAGACGAGUGGAGCAGUAGCACAUCCAGCUCUAUGGGCAGCGGAGGUCCCAAAAUAUCUGAGGCUGUGGCCGCACAGAGCAGAGAGAGUAUGUCGACGGAGAGUUCAGUGUCGGAGCCACCUCCCUCUGUGUCCUCGGGGCAGCAGAGUGUCCCGGCCGCCUCCACAGAGCCGCCAUGUGGCGCCUCCUGCUCCGGUGCCCUCGGCAGCUCGUCGACUCCGGCCCCAGCGGCGGGAUCCUCUCAGGGGGACACUGUGGCUUCUUCACCGGUGGAGAGGAGUCAGCCGGAGGGUACCGAGGACACGUCAGGAGGCUGCAGGAGAGCGGAGCCCAGAGCGGAGGAGGGCGAGGAGGGCCAGAGUCAGCCUGCACGGGCCCACCAGGACUCUGAUGACAGCGACGACGAUCCGAUUCUCAUCCCAUCAACAAGGUUCAGAGGUCAGGGGCAGAGAUUAAAUUCCAGAGGAUCUGCAGUAGGAGAUAGGAUGAUCAGACGCUCUGCAGCCGCUCGUAUCCAGGAGCUUUUUCGCAGGAGGAAAGAACGAAGGGAGAUGGAGGAGAGCGAGACCCAGAACAUCAGGAGACCCUCGGCCAAGAUGGUCUACAAAGGCCACCGCAACUCCAGGACAAUGAUAAAGGAGUCGUGUUUUUGGGGCAACAACUUUGUGAUGAGCGGCUCAGACUGCGGCCACAUCUUCAUCUGGGACCGACACACUGCAGAGCACCUCAUGCUGCUGGAAGCCGACAACCACGUGGUGAACUGCCUGCAGCCGCACCCCUACGACCCCAUACUGGCUUCUUCAGGGAUAGACUACGAUAUCAAGAUUUGGUCGCCACUGGAACAGUCGGCAUCUUUCAACAGAGUCCUCGCUAACGAGGUAAUAGCUCGGAACGAGUUGAUGCUAGAGGAAACUAGGAACACAAUCACAGUCCCGGCCUCGUUCAUGCUCCGAAUGUUGGCCUCCCUAAAUCACAUCAGAUCAGAUCGACUAGAAGGCGAUCGCUCUGAAGGUUCGGGACAGGAAAAUGAGGAUGAGCAGUAGCCUGCUGGCAUUUUAUUUGAAAGAAAACACUAUUUCUUCUUGCUGUAUAGCACUUGAAAAAAAAAACCCUGAGAUUUGUACAAGUAUAGUGUAGAAUACUUCCUUUUGAAAAUUAGUGUAAUUUCUAGCCCCCCUGUGUUUUUUUUAUGAUGACUUUCUUACUGAUGUUUCUGUAUGAGGAUAAACUUCAUCUGUGUGAAUGCAAAAGGCAAGGACGUCAGUAUAUAUAUAUUAAGUGUGAGAAUAAUGGCGGCUGGUGUGCAAGGAUGUUAAGUGCAAUAUUAUUUUGUUAGGAGAAAGUGAGCUUUGAUCAGUGUUAACGUGUGACAUUUUGAAUUUGUAGCACAAAGCUAAGAUAUGUUCAUGUGCUGCUCCGGCAGUUACGCAUGUAAACAAGGACUUUAAGUAAAAACAUACUUGGAGAAUGCUUUAGUUUUAUUGUUGAAGAGAAACAAAAGAAGGUGUGGUUCUUCUUCCCAAAGGGACAUGUUCAUAAAUGUAUAAUAUUUAACAGAAAAAAAAAAAGCUAGAAUUUUAAAGAUGUCUGGAAGAAAAGAUCUUAAGACGACAACAAUCUGA